GCAUUCUGUUGCAGUAAAGCCCAUGAGCUCCAGUGACCCCUCCUCUGUAUUUAUUCAAGCCUCAGUCUGCAUUCAUUUCCUGACUAAACCCUAUAUGCUCAGACAAGGACUCACUGAAGACAGAACCUGUGAACAUUAGUCAGAUUUUCAGAGGGGAGAAAAAGAUCUUCCAUCCUGUCUGAGGACCGGCAGUUUGCGGGGCCCGACCCUCCCCGGGAUCUAACCUCAAGCCUGGAGGAGAGCAGCAGUGGUUCGGGCCGCUGGCAGACCGCAGGUCUGGCUGAGUCCUGGGCGUCUGUUAGCGACAUGGAGACAGACCUCAGAAGUCUAGAAACCAGUGAGAUGGUUCUAGUUCAAGAGGACCACAGCGAGAACCACUCCUCCACCUCCGACAUCAUCCACUUAGAGGCGGAGCUCCACGAGAGGGCGGAGUCAGAUGAUGAAGAAGACCUUCAGAGCAGUGUGCUGAGCAUGAUCUGCAGCGAUAGGGAGCUGGUGGGGAUCGAAUCUGCUGCAGAAUCAGAUCUCAAGCCUCCACAGACAGGGGAACUUCUGAUGUGUGUGGAGGAGCCAGUUGUGGAGGAAACUGAGACAGAGGUGGAUUCUGAGCCAUUUUUCACUCACACCCCUCUUCUGUCCGAGCCGUUAGAUUUCACGAUGGCUUCUCUUCCCAUACCUGAAAUCAUCUCACAGGUUUUAGAUCAUCUCCCACACUCUGCAGUCACACAGUCAGAGGAGUCUCAUACUUCUGAAUCUAGUAAUGAGCCUAGCGUGUCUCAAGACCACACAACGUCAUCUUCGGAAGAGGUCGUUUCAAAGGCGGGCCUGCUUCCCACCUCGCCCUUUGAACUCCCGUUGCUGUUAGUUGGUGUCGCCGCCCUGGUGGCGGUAGUGGGAGUACUUACUUAUAAAUUGAGUAGAAAGUAGCAGGACUGUAUAUCUCUUUAAUAGCUUCAACAUUGUAGCCUACAACAAUUCAACAAAUUGCAUUAUUGAUUAUGUGAUAUAACAAAUACAGUGUUUUUAAAUAU